AUGUCUAAACGCCUCCUCCUCUAUUUUCUUUUCUUCCUCUCAUCCUCUCAGCUUCUUUCCUCCUCUUUCUCUUUCUCUAAUUCCACUCAACUGUGCCCGCGUCACCAGUCCCUUGCUUUGCUCCACCUUAAGCAAUCAUUCUCUAUCAACAAUUCCAGUUCUUCAGAUUGCGAUUACGAUGGUGUCACGUCUUAUCCCAAAAUAGAGUCUUGGAAAAAGGGUAGUGAUUGCUGCUCAUGGGAUGGGGUCACAUGUGAUUGGGUGACAGGCCAUGUAAUUGAGCUGGACCUCAGUUGCAGCUGGCUCUUUGGCACCAUCCAUUCCAACACUACCCUCUUCCUCUUUCUUCAUCUACAAAGGCUCAACCUGGCUUUCAACAACUUUAAUGGGUCCUCUGUUUCAACUGGGUUUGGUCGGUUCUCAAGCUUGACGCAUCUCAAUCUCUCUGACUCUGGAUUUUCAGGCCUAAUUUCAUCAGAAAUCUCUCACCUCUCCAACUUGGUUUCACUUGAUCUCUCUUGGAAUUCUGAUGCAGAAUUUGCCCCGCAUGGCUUCAAUUCUCUGGUUCAAAAUUUAACCAAAUUGCAGAAGCUUCACCUUGGAGGUAUUUCCAUAUCUUCAGUUUUUCCUGAUUCCUUGCUAAAUCGGUCUUCUUUGAUAUCAUUAGAUCUCACUUCGUGUGGAUUGCAUGGGAGAUUCCCUGACCAUGACAUUCACCUUCCGAAACUCGAGGUUCUCGACUUAUGGGGAAAUGAUGAUCUCAGUGGAAACUUCCCACGAUUCAGUGAGAACAAUUCCCUCAUGGAGUUAGAUUUAUCAUUCACAAAUUUGAGUGGAGAGAUUUCAGCCUCAAUUGGCAAUCUACAGUCUUUACAGACUUUGGAUCUCUCCAAUUGCGAAUUCUCAGGGUCCAUCCCCGCUUCCCUAGAGAACCUUACACAAAUCACUUCCUUGAACCUCAGUAAGAAUCUUUUUAGUGGUAAAAUUCCAAAUGUUUUUAGUAACCUUAGAAAUUUAAUUUCAUUACGCCUUCAUGGCAACAAUUUCAGUGGUCAGCUUCCAUCAUCAAUUGGAAAUCUAACAAACCUUCAGGCCUUAGACUUGUAUGAUAAUCAGCUAGAAGGAGUCAUUCCUUCUUUUGUAAAUGGGUUUUUAAGUCUAUCCUAUGUCGACUUAGGAUAUAACUUAUUCAAUGGGAUAAUACCAUCUUGGUUGUAUACUCUACCAUCAUUGGUGGUAUUAUAUCUCGAUCAUAACAAACUCACUGGUCAUAUUGGUGAAUUCCAAUCUGAUUCAUUGGAGUUGAUUUAUUUGAAAAUGAAUAAGUUACAUGGGCCAAUUCCAAGUUCAAUAUUUAAGCUUGUAAACCUUAGAUAUCUUCAUCUUUCUUCAAAUAACUUGAGUGGUGUUUUGGAGACAAGCAACUUUGGAAAACUUAGAAACCUCACUUUGCUUGAUCUCUCAAACAACAUGCUCUCAUUGACAACGUCUGACAAUUCCAAGUCCAUGUUACCCUACAUUGAGAGUCUAGACCUUUCAAACAAUAACAUUAGUGGAAUAUGGUCAUGGAAUAUGGGAAAGAAUACACUAGGGUACUUGAAUCUCUCUUGUAACUCGAUAAGUGGGUUUGAGAUGCUUCCAUGGAAAAAUAUAGGAAUUAUAGAUCUUCAUUCCAACUUGUUGCAAGGACCACUUCCAAUUCCUCCAAAUUCUACUUUUUUCUUUUCAGUAUCCCAUAACAAAUUGAGUGGAGAAAUCUCACCGUUGACUUGCAAAGUGAGUUCCAUGGUAGUUCUUGAUUUGUCUAACAACAACUUGAGUGGCAUGCUUCCUCAUUGUUUGGGGAAUUUUAGCAAAGAUCUCUCUGUUUUGAAUUUACGAAGGAAUCGAUUUCAUGGCAUCAUUCCUCAAACAUUUUUAAAGGGCAAUGCUAUCAGGAAUCUUGACUUCAACGAUAAUCAAUUGGAAGGCCUAGUACCUCGAUCUUUGAUCAUUUGUCGAAAACUUGAAGUUCUAGACCUUGGGAAUAAUGAGAUAAAUGAUACAUUUCCUCAUUGGUUGGGAACUCUUCCAAAGUUGCAAGUUCUUGUUUUGCGUUUUAAUAGUUUCCAUGGUCAUAUAGGGCAUUCCAAAAUCAAAUCCCCAUUCAUGAGCCUAAGAAUCAUUGAUCUUGCUCACAAUGAUUUCGAGGGUGACUUGCCUGAAAUGUAUUUGAGAAGUUUGAAAGCGACAAUGAAUGUAGAUGAACGCAACAUGACAAGAAAAUAUAUGGGAGACUAUUAUUAUCAAGAUUCUGUCAUGGUGACAAUCAAGGGAUUGGAGAUUGAAUUUGUGAAGAUCUUGAAGGCUUUCGCAACAAUUGAUUUAUCAAGCAACAAAUUCCAAGGAGAGAUUCCAGAGUCCAUUGGAAAUCUUAAUUCACUUCGAGGGCUCAAUUUAUCCCAUAACAACCUUACAGGACAUAUUCCAUCAUCUUUCGGAAAUUUGAAGUUGCUUGAAUCAUUGGACCUUUCUUCAAACAAGCUCAUUGGAAGAAUUCCUCAAGAAUUAACAAGUUUAACAUUUCUUGAAGUUUUGAAUCUUUCCCAAAACCAUCUAACUGGAUUUAUACCUCGAGGUAAUCAGUUUGAUACAUUUGAAAAUGAUUCAUACAACGGGAACUCAGGGCUAUGUGGAUUUCCAUUGUCGAAGAAAUGCACAACUGAUGAAACACUAGAGCCUUCACAAGAAGUGGAUGCAGAGUUUGAAGGUGGAUUUGAUUGGAAAAUCACAUUGAUGGGAUAUGGAUGUGGAUUGGCAAUUGGCUUUACUCUUGGGUGUCUCAUGUUCUCAACUGAGAAACCUAAAUGGUUGGCAACGAUGGUUGAAGAGAACAUUCACAAGAAGAUCAAAAGGUCUAAAAGAUGCACUUACAGGAGAGGAGCAAGAAGGAACUAGCACAUUCCAAUUGCAUUGUAUUUUGUGUUAUGUUUUACAAAUAGAUUUUACAUUUGUUAGUAAAUAAUCUACUUGUUAUUAUAAAAGUGUAAUAUUGUUUGUAAAAUUAAAAUAAUGUUAUUUUCUUUU